AUUCCUCUCUCCCUCCCUCCUUCUUUUUCCACCCCUCCCGCCUUCAGUGCAAACCCAAGACGCAGGAUCCUGCCGAAGGAAAGCGCUCCUUGAAAUCAUCACCGCAGACCCCGCUGCGAAAGUGCAGAGGAGGAGAGAGAAAAAGCCUCGGCAGCCAACCUCCUGCAGCUGAGGGCUGUGCAAGCAGGGCAAUGGCUCCAGGCUCUCAGAGCUUCUCUCUCACCUUUCUCCAGGGCGUGGGAUCUGUCUUCUUCAUACUUCAGAUCAUCUCUGUUAAGGCUGAUGGGAAAGUGUUUGCACUCGAGUCCAAGAACAACUCUCAGGGUCUGGAUUUAGCCGAAGCUGAGAAAGCUUGUGUUGACCUGAGUGCUCGCUUAGCAACUGCAGAAGAACUGAAAAGGGCUGUUCUGGACUGUUCUUUUGUUGGCUGCACCACAGGAUGGCUCGCCAGCGGCUCUGCUGGGACAAUUAUAUGCAGAAAGACGGGCAGCAAACAGCAGAGCGUGAAAGCCAUUGAUGUUAAAAUUGAAACCGAUCCCUUUGUGAAUGACCAAUAUGAUGCUUUUUGUGUAAAGGAUGAAGACAAGCCCUGUGGGGACCCGCCGUCCUUCCCCCACACCAUCCUGCACGGCCACACUGGCUUUGAGAUGGGGGACGAGCUGCUGUACGUCUGUGCCCAGGGGUACGUCAUGGGCAACAAGGAGACGGCGUUCACGCUGCUCUGCGACAGCUGCGGCGAGUGGUACGGGCACGUCCAGGCCUGUGUCAAAGAUGAAACUGAGGCACACAUUGACUAUGAAGAUAACUUUCCCGAUGACAGAUCAAUACCUAUUGCUGAGAAUGACCAUGGCAAUGGCAAAGAGGAAAUUGAGCAGGAGCAAAUACAGCUUUCCUUCAGUAAAAGUUCAGAGGAAGGAAGAACUGUAAGUACCAAAGGGGUUACUCAGCACACAGACAUUUCUGAAAAAGGAAGCAGGGCACCAACUGAAUCCCCUGUGUCACUCCUAAGCCAAAAAAACUUGUUUUGGUUUUCAUCAGAAAGUUUCAGUGAGCCUGAAUCAGAGAAAGAGACAGAUGAUUCCACUAAAGCACAGUUUUCUGAAGGUGAUAACCACAUUGGAGGGAAGACAGCCUAUGGUGUACCUGGUGCCAAAAUAUUUUAUGACAGUGAGGAUUUCCCCAUUGGACCCAUUCUCACAACUAAUGAUACAAAGACGGCGAUGGAUGCAGUUGCCAUCACUGACGAGUCGUGGUUAGACGGAUAUCCAGUAACACAAGAAGUGGUAGAGGAUGAUGAAGAGGGUGAUAAAGUUGAUGGUUCAAUGGGAACAGAAGAUGACAUCAUCCUCACAACUGAUCAACCAAAUCACGUGGAAGUAAGAAAAUCAGGAAAUGGCAGCCCAGCUCUGGAAGAGAGCCUAACACAGAUUGUGGCAGCAACAACAGGGGUGGACGAUGAAGGGGCUAAAGAGACACCAGCACCACUUACAUCAGUGAGUGGUCUGGAGAACUUUAGUGUGAGCAGGGGUUAUGAUGAUGCCGUGUGGGAACACCCAGCUACAUCUCUGGAAACUGUGACUCAGGAGCCCACUACAACGAUGCUGUUUGACAUAACCAGCUCAAAAACAUCCAUGUCAGAAACCUCUGUGACCGUCAGCCCCUACACUCCAUACAUAGAACCAAGAGACACAACCACCUACACAGAACAAGUAGCAACCACUGCACCAGACAUCAUUACUGACACAGUGUCCCAGGAUUUAGCAGAGCAAGAAAGUCUCACUCAGGGCCUUGGAGAAAAGCCCAUCCCCACUUCUGAGCCAUGUGAAGGAGAGGAUUGUCCCAAGUCCAGUAAAGGUGCUAUCAUAGCAAUAAUAGUGAUUCUUCUCUGCUUGUUACUGGUUGCAGCUGUUCUGGCAGUGUGGUUUUUCAAAAAACGGCAGCAGAAAAAUUCUGUCUAUAAACUAAAUGGAAGGUGUCAGCCCAGACAUCACUGUUACCACCACUACCACCACCAGCACAUUGAAAUGCAGAAAGUCUAACCAGGGCCCUUUUGGCAGAGAUCGGAAGACAAAACAUUGAUGCUAGAAGACACAUGACUCAUGGAUGCUAAAAUCCAGCAGUGCAGAAAGCAGAAGAAAAAAAGAAUGCUAGAAGAACAUAGAAGACAGAAGAGAUUUCAUCCUUUUGAAAUUGCAGUCUAGCAUAUUCGACUUUUCAGAGCUAAAGAAUCUGUACAUUUUUAUCACAAGGGUCUUUCAGAGACAUCAGCAGGACACAGUGUGCUCAGUAGUACAUCUUCAAUUUGUUCCGCUUUUACAUUCUGCUCCUAUUAAUAAUAAAUUAAUUGAUUAAUUUCUGUGUUACCUGCUUAUAAUGUAAUGGUAGGGCUGGUCAGGCCUCUUUGGUCUGUUCUCAGUAAAAGAGGAAAAGAAAGAGGGAAGAAUGGAAGAAAGAUGAUUUUGGAGCAACCACACGCUUGGUGUUUGCUCCUUUUUUAGCACCUGCCCAAGCUGGUCAGAAUAAACCACCAUAACAAGUUGUUACCUGAUUUGUCUCAAAAAGAAAAACUAUUUGCUACCACACUUUAAUGGAUAGUAUCGCAAUGAUUACUAAGGUAAUUUUCUUCAAUGUUGUGAAUUUAACAAGCCACAAAUGUUGGAUCAUUAUGCUACUGUUCUGGAAGGUGUUCUUUUAGCCUUAGUGAAGAAAUGCCAUUCUUAUAACUAAUCUUCCUGUAGAAAUGAUGAUGUUUCCCCAGAAUUCAGAGAAUAUGGUAAGUGCCAUUCUUCCUUGAGUAGGAGCAGGAGAGGAGUCAGAGCACCUUUGGAUCCAGGUGUUAUGAUGAAUAGCCUCUCAUUACAGAGCCAAACGCUGGUAAAGCACUUUCCAGGGGAAACCUGUAUAAAGUUGGCUGCUUUCUGAACACAAUGUUGACUGACCAAGAUACUGAACUUAUAUUCACAGCCAGCAGUACCUCUGGCAACUGAAGCCAUGUGUAAUACUUUGCCAUGUGUAAUACUUCUGCCAUGUGAACUCUGUGGAAGGACUGAUUUUUCACCAUUCUGCUCCUGCAUAGGCUGGAGGGGUGGACAUUGGCUCUGGGAGAUGGGCAGCCCCUUUGCAUGCUGCUUAUUGUGGUUUUAAAGAUAAAGCAGAUCUGGGAAGGAAAUAAAUUGCACCUAGUUGAUAAAAUGCACUCAGUUUCUAGACUGGCUGUUGGUGUAAAAGCACGGAUGCUUUUC